AUGUUUCGCUUAGGAGCUUCGCAAGUUUUCCGUGCAACUCUUGCUGCCAGGGCAAGAAAUUAUGCGACGUUAAGAGAGAUUGAGAUGAGAUUGAAGUCCAUCAAGAACAUUGAGAAGAUCACAAAGACUAUGAAGAUUGUUGCGUCUACAAGAUUGACAAAGGCACAGAGAGCCAUGGCCUCUUCGAGAUAUUUCAAGGGUGCCGACCAGGACUUCUUUGAGGCUGCGGGAACUGUUGCUCCAAAGGAAGCCGAGAAGGUUCUUCUUAUUGCCGUCUCCUCUGACAAGGGUCUAUGUGGUUCUAUCCAUUCCUCCGUUGCCAAAGUUGCCAAGGCUAAAUUACAGGAUUAUCCUAAUGCCGAUAUUGUUUCUAUCGGUGAGAAGGUUAAGCUACAGUUGUUGAGAACCCAUCCAGACAACAUUCGUAUCUCGUUUACCGGUACUGGAAAAGUUGCUCCUACUUUUAAGGAGGCCUCUUUAAUUGCCGACGAAAUCGCCAAAUUGGGUCGUUACGACAGGGUUGAAAUCAUUUACAACAAGUUCGCCUCUUCUGUCUCCUUUGACUCAACGGCUGCUCCAGCUUAUGGUAAGGCUUCCAUUGAGAGCUCCAAGAACUUGUCUACUUUUGAUAUUGAAGAUGACAGCAGCGCUGUUGCUGGAUUCUCGGACUUUUCUUUUGCCAAUACCAUCUUCUCUGCUAUGGCUGAGGGCUAUGCAUCUGAGGUGUGUGCCAGAAGAAAUGCCAUGGAUAACGCUUCUAAGAAUGCUGGUGAUAUGAUUAACAAGUAUUCUAUUCUAUACAACAGAACCAGACAGGCUGCCAUUACUAACGAGUUGGUGGACAUCAUUACUGGUGCUUCUUCUUUGGACUAG